UUACUUGAGAGGCCCGAGAAACUAGAGUGGAGAAGUGGGCUCAUCUCCAAAGGCAGAGGAGGGCAGCAGUGCAACGGCGACGGUGAGAGCUGCGCUUAAAUCUCAGCGUAGAAGAAGAAGGAAACCCAGCGACGCUGAACUCCAAAGACGAAGAAGACUGUUUAUUAUGAACUUCACAGCUAGUACCUCGAUGGUUUUAUGACAUGUACUCCAACAAGUUUCGCCGCCUCAUGUUAGGGCUGCACUGCCUUAAAACGACCGCUGUUUGCGGCCUGGUCCAGAGGGCCGCUGGUCGAAGCGGGUUCGGCUGGACUGCGGUGUGUAAACAGCGGACACUGUGGCUGCAGAGGAGCGCCUGUCGGGAGAUAGAACGACGUGCUGUGCUCCGUCAAAACGGCGUUCGGUCAGCCUCUCACAGCACCGUGGACCCUGAUGAACUGAGGAAGUUCCAGUCGUUGGCAAACAAGUGGUGGGAUGAACAGGGAGAAUUUGCAGCUCUUCACGCCAUGAACGACCUGAGGGUGCCUUUUAUACGGGAUAACCUGCUGAAUGUGCACAGAGCGCGCCAUCCCGGGAAGCCACUCGCAGGACUGAAGAUCCUGGACGUCGGUUGUGGAGGAGGCCUGCUCACAGAGCCCCUGGGUCGUCUGGGAGCUAAAGUUUUGGGUAUAGAUCCAGUGGAAAAUAGCAUUGGCACCGCCCAGCUGCAUUCGUCCUUUGACCCGGACCUAUGUGAGCGGGUGUCCUACCAGGUGUGCACCCUGGAAGAGCUCUCAGGAGGAGAGGAUGAAGGAGCGGGACACUUUGAUGCUGUGGUGGCGUCUGAGGUUGUGGAACAUCUGGCUGACCUGGAAACGUUCGCCUUCUGCUGCAGCCAAGUGCUAAAGCCAGGUGGCUCACUAUUCAUCACGACUAUAAAUAAAACCAACCUGUCCUACGUGCUGGGCAUUGUUGUAGCGGAGCAGCUGCUGCGCAUCGUGCCCGACGGGACCCACGACUGGGAGAAGUUUGUCAGCCCAGUAGACCUGGAACGCCUCCUGGAGUCUCAUGGUUUCUCAGUGCAGUCUGUCAAAGGAAUGCUGUACAACCCCCUGUCGGGAGCCUGGAGCUGGACCGACAGCACUGCCAUCAACUACGCCCUCCACGCCGUCAAACUGAGAAAACAGGCUGAGGACAGCAGCCUCCACCCAGAGGACCACACCAUAGAAAGUAGCAGCUGAGCCACGCCACUUGAGAAGAAAUCCAAAAAUGAGAAAUAAUAACUCAGACGCGAGCGGCCCUGACAUCCUGUCGGCCAGCUGUGACGCAGCACAUGAGACUGAGUUUAUUCAAGGAAAGGGACAAACUGCCUGCAGAUAGAAUUAGAGAUGUGCUGCAUUUGGCAGACCCAUUGAUGCUGUGCUGUGCUGCGUGAGCGCUGAAUACAUGUCUAGUGUUUGAUAAGCUGUGUAAAGCAACGGUGCAUCCUUUAAUUGUGUAAUCAUUUUCAGCAUAUGCUGUCCUGCGUCAGUGUGGUGUUUGAGGCUGAAUAGUUAAAGGUUUGCAACAUCCUCCAUUAAAACUGACCUCACAUCAGUUUGAUUUCUCAAGAAUGAACGCAUGAGAGUGAAAAAUGUGAUUAUUUGGAAUGCUAACAAAAAACAAACAUGAUUUCAGGUUUUUAGAUGCUAAUAUUAAUUUAUAUUUUGUGUCCACAGAGGGGAGGGGCAACCAUAUCCUGUGGGAUUAUAAGGGGUCUGGUCUCAUGUGGACGUAUUACAUAAUACAGAUCUCCCUCGUGCAGAGAAUAAGUCAUGCUUGCAUGAUGGUCUUAAAGAGACCAGAAAUAUGACAGUAGAACAUGUGCAGAAGCUAACAGAGCACGCUGUGAGGACUGAGCACUACACCUAUUUCAAUUUCAGAUAUGUUGACAUUUCACCGGUUUAAAAAAAAAAAAAUGCUCUUUGUAUAUACAUAUUUUAAAAAGAACUCUCCCUCUCACCCUCUGGGGGGUGGUAUGUGUGUGCUCCUCACGUUCAGGUCCUCUACCAGAGGCCUGGAAGUUAGAGUGCUCUGUGCAGUGUCUUAGCUGGUCCUUGGACUGCACUCUCCUGGAUGGAGACCUUUGAUGUUGUGCCUGGAAUCUGCUCAAGCUAAUUUUCCAGCUCCUUUAUGCUUCUAUUACCACUAGGACCACUUUGGAUUUUACCUUCCACAUCUGCUCCAGAUGUUUCUUCAGCACCUGGUUCUCCAUUUUUUUGUGCUCCUUCUUCCCGAUGUUGCUGUCCGGUAGGAUUACAACAUCUAUGACAACUGCGGUCUUCUGUUCCUUGUCAACAAUCACUACAAUACUGCUUGGUUUGCCAGCAGCUUCUAUGUGGAAGUGGAAGUCCCACAUGACCUUACUCCUGUUGUUCUCAACCACCUUUUGUGAUUGAGGACUUGGGGACUUCUAGUCCAUAUGCAGCACAGAUGUUCCUGUAUGCUAUCACAGCCACUUGGUUGUGCCUCUACAUCUAUGCAGUUCCAGCUUGCUUCUUACAUCCUAUUACUAUAUGUUGGAUAGUCUCUGGGGCACCUUUGCACACUGUUCAACUUUCUUCCCUUUGUAGACUCAACCCUCUAUCUGAUGCCUAGAGCCUGUUCUUGUGCUGCUGUGUUAGAGACUCUGCGCUGUGCUUUAAGUCUGUGUUGUGCCAGAAAAAUGAUUUCAGGAAUUUGCCCCAAAAUGAUUGUCUAUAUUUAAACUGUUUUAAAUGACUUGUCAACCCACAAUCUGUCAAACACAUGACAAGCAUGUCUCUUAAGAAUGAUAUCAAGCCAUUUUGAGCCAGAAAUAAAACAGUCCUGUCACAA